AUGGAUACAAUUAGUCAACCAGUCGAUAAACUAGACCAUUUAACUGCCACAAGUAUGUUAUCCACAUCGGGUAACCAGCAAUCCCCCAUUAGGAAUGUAGAAGAACAAACGUAUGGAAGACUUGGACUCGAACGAUUAGAAGAGAAUCUUCAAAAGUUGGAAAAUGAUAAAGUUAAUGCCUUAUCAGAAGAAGUAGCUUAUAUAAGACAAUUAGUAGAAUUUCAAAAUAAUAAAAUAGAAAGAUUAACUACCAUAAUUAAUGAAUUUGUUGGAAAUAAAAGUCAAGAAGCGAUUCUUAACUCCUUAGGUUCAGUUCAAGAUAAUGUCUUAGGAGAUCAUGAUCAUCAUCAUGACCAUCAUCAUGAUCAUGAUCACGAUCAAGUUAAUGAAGUUCAAGAACAAGCUCAGAAUCAAGUAGAUCAACAAGUACUUGGCAGUCAUGGAGAUAUUACAGGUCAAACUAGUUUAGAUGGGAAUAUGGAUCCUCAAUUGCAUCAAGUAGCCGUGGCUGCCGCAGCUGUUCGUCAAGCACAAGAACAACAAGGUAAGAAUAAGAAACUGCAUAAACGAAAGAUUGGAGCUAUUAGUGGAGGAAAUGGUAAUAAUGGAGGUAAUGGACCAGGAAAUUCUGGAGGUAAUGGAUCUGGAGGAUCAGUUAAUGGAGAUCCUGGAUCUAAUAAGAGACCAAAUAUUGUUGUAGAUUUCUUACAUAAUCCUACUUCAGUUAAAGAAAUUUAUGAUGAAUUUACUAAGGGAUUUCGAGGUCAACCACCAUUAUGUCAAAUGGAUGCUAAAUAUGGUAAACAAGAAUGGAGAGGAGAUUCUAGAUCUAAAGAAUCAAAAAGAUUUCAAAGAAGAAAGAAAUUAUGUGAUGCUAUAGAGCGAGGGACCAUUAAAUAUGGUAAACCACCACAAGAUAUAAUUAGUUAUAUUGAAGAGUUUAGAGGAGAAAAAUCUUUAACAUGGGUUAUGAAUGGGAAUUUACCUAGUGACUUACUUUCGUAA